AAGUGGACCGAAUACUAAUAGACUACGACGGAUCUCCUCUUCUCACCCUUAUUAGCUUGAACCCCAAUAAAGGCCGAAGCAAGGCCCAGGAAGCCAAUAGCCCACUAAUCCUAAAACGGUGCGUUUCAGUUAACUGUCUAGCUCCCCCAACACGAUGAAGUAGAGGAAAUAUCGAACUUUGCUGGAAUAGCGACCCUCGGGAACUUGAGAGGACUGAGCGAGCAGAGGUUAGAAACCAUGACCAGCUGAAGAGAAAUAAAACAGAAAACGACGACGUCCAAUGGCCGGUCGCAACCGCCUCCCGCCAGGUCAACCGGCGGCAGCAUACGCCUUUAAACGCCGCGAAGUCCCAUUGACCCGAGGAAUCCACCGUCCUGCCCCCAACCCGGUUGUCCUGGAGGAACACAUUGCAAUCCAGCACCGGGAGAUCCAAUCCCUUAUCAUCGAUAACCAGCGGCUAGAGGAAACUCACAUGGUGCUAAAGCAGGAGCUUGCAGCCGCCAGGCAAGAGCUGAGGCACCUAUCAGUGGCUGCCGCGGAAGUCAAGGCCGAGACCGAUGCUCAGGUGCGGGAGGUCUACGAGAAGUCGUUAAAGAUGGACGCAGAGGCUCGUGCAAUUGAUGCGAUGAACGCAGAGCUCGCGAAGGUGCUAGCGGAUGUAAAGAACCUGGCAGCGAACAGGCAGGAGCUUGUUGCGGAGUUGCAGGAGAUCAACGCCAAUUUAGCCGAAGCUAAAUCUGAUUCGCAGAAAGUUGCCGCCGUUAAGGACGAGAUUGAGACCCUG